AUGUGUGUUUUCCUCUGUUCAUGUUCCAAUUCAAUUGGCAAUGAAUUUAUUUGUUUGAUUGACAUUUUGGACAUUUUCAUGUUGUUAUCAGCUUGUAUUGGAACUGUCAUUUGCGUUUGCGGAGAGAAGAUGGACUGUGUGGGUAAACUUGAAGCAUUCGUAACUGUGGAUCCCAAAGAGGAAGCUUAUAAGAGUGUUGAGAGUGACAGCUGUUCGGACAUAGUAGAGGAGGUAUGUGACUACGGUUGUCCAGGUAGAUCACACGAGGAUCACACGUACUGUCGACCUGCGGAGACUGCGCCUGACUCUGUUCAAUGGAACCAGUCAAGGGAUGAGGUGACACCGCGAGACGUGGAGAAAUCUUUGAAGCCACCAUUCGUAUACGUGAGGAAUGACAGGACGUGGAAAUUUCAAAAAGAGACAGUGGUGGCGACUUGCGGGGAGGACGGACAGUUCUUUUAUCAUCCUGACCCAUUCUCACCUGCGCCACCUUUCAAGGGUUCACCGAGCGCUGUCAAGAGAAUGGAGUACGCUGCGAAACGGAUCGAUAAUCGGAAAUAUAGGGGCCAACGAGAGAAGGUUAUUGCUUCGGACCAAAUGGAUAGUGCCACAUGUUCAAGGUGCCACAUGCGUUUCUUCUUGCCAUUCCGUCACUUCAAAAACAGAAUUACAUAUGCUGUACCUGAAAAUCCCUAUUUGCUGCCGAUGCCUCGGUUCCGUUGUCCUUUGUGUGAGCAAUAUUCCAUCAUUGAACUGUAA